AUGGCUGUAAAGGACAAGAAAAAGAAGGGCAAGGAAGAACAAGAAAAGGGGGAAGACAAGAAGGAAGAUAAAAAGGAAGAAGAAGAAGAAGAAAAGGCGCCUUUCUCGAACCUCUGGAGGAUCUUUUCCUAUGGCACCAAGGCGGAUCUCGCCCUCAUGGGCCUCGCCUUCUUCUGCUCUGCCGGUGCUGGUAUCGCCCUCCCUCUCAUGAACAUCGUCUUUGGCGCCCUUAUCACCGACUUCAACAACUUCUUCCUGCCUGACUCUACUGUCUCGCCGGAGGAUUUCAGGGCCGCUGUCAACAAGAAUGUCCUCUUCAUCGUCUACCUCUUCAUCGGCAAGUUUGUGCUCAGCUAUGUCUCAAUGUUCUGUUUACGGACGAGCGGAAUCCGCAUCUCAGCAAAUCUGCGCCUGGCCUACCUAAAGGCUCUCUUCCGCCAGCCGGUCGCCUACCUCGAUGCCAUGCCCGUUGGCCGCCCGACGGACACCAUUACUGCAUCAUCCAAUCUUAUCCAGGCCGGCAUAUCAGACAGACUUGCAGUGCUUGUCCAGUCGGCUGCACUCGUCAUUGCAGCCUACGCCGUCGCCUUCUCUCGCUCCUGGUCCUUGACCUUGGUCUCAUCGUCAUGCUUGCUCUUCAUCUUACUCAUCUACUCCAUGGUCAUCCCCUUCUACCUACGUUUCUUCAAGGCCGUCGAGGCUGCCAACGAGCGUGCCACAUCCGUGGCGGGUGAAGCUCUCUCGUCUAUCCGUACCGUCGUUGCUUGUGGUGCGCAAUCAAAUCUCGUCGACCGUCACGCCGGUCACAUUGCAGACGCCAGACGUAAGGGUCUCCAGAUUUCUCCGGUCGUUGGCCUUCAGCUGGGACCGACCAAUUUCGCCAUGUACUGUAACUUCGCCCUUACCUUUUGGUUCGGUGUCAAGCAGUUCACAGCCGGUAACGUCUCUGAUGCUGGGCCAGUUGCUACGGUUAUCUUCUCGGUCAUCAUCGUGGUUUCGGCAGUCUCAUUUAUUGCCAAUCCGAUAAUUGCGCUCUCAAAAGCCAUUGCUGCGUCUGCUCGCUACUUUUCUGUCAUUGAUGCACCCCCAGUCAAGACAGAUGGUAUCAAGGAUAUUGAUGUCGCUAGCUGUGGAGAGCUCGCAUUCAAGGACGUCACUUUCUCUUAUCCAACCAGGCCUGGAGUCACCAUCCUUGACAACCUUUCUCUCGUCUUCCCUACUGGCAAGGUCACUGCUCUUGUUGGGCCCUCGGGGUGUGGUAAGAGCACCAUCAUCGCCUUGCUUGAGCGUUGGUACCAGCUUUCCGAUCAAUUGGACCUUAGUAAGGUGAAAGAAAAGAAAGAGAAAGCGAAAGAAAAUGAAAAAGACAGCGAAGUCAAAGAUGAAAAGAACGAGCCAGACAAUGAAGAACGAAAGGAAAACGCUGGAUCGAUCAUGAUCGGGCCACACUGUAUCGACGAGCUUGAUCUCAAGUGGUGGCGCUCUCAGAUAGGUCUCGUCCAGCAAGAACCAUUCUCGUUCAACACCUCCAUAUUCCGCAAUGUCGCCUUUGGUCUUGUUGGAUCACAAUGGGAGAAUGAGCCGGAAGAUGUCCAGCGUCAGCUUGUCGUUGAGGCCUGCCGUGAAGCUUUUGCCGAUGAAUUUAUCGAGAAGCUGCCGGAGAAAUACGAUACGAUGAUCGGAGAGAAUGGAAUCAAGCUUAGUGGCGGUCAGCGUCAGAGACUUGCCAUUGCUCGCAGUAUCAUCAAGAGACCGUUGAUUCUCAUUCUCGACGAAGCUACUAGUGCCAUCGAUGUGAGAGGCGAACGUAUCGUUCAGGAGGCACUUGAUAGGGUCUCGAAGGGUCGCACUACCAUAACUAUCGCUCAUAGACUGUCUACCAUCAAAAAGGCAGAUAAGAUCAUCGUCCUACGCAAAGGUACUGCAAUUGAGUCAGGUACUCAUGAAGAACUACUUGCUCAGGAGGGCUUAUACCACAGCCUUGUGCAUAACCAGCAACUUGACAUGGACGAAGAUGGCAACAACGAGACUGUACAAGCUGAGAGGGAGACUGAAAAAGAUGGUCCUCAUUUGAGUAUGUCCAGGACAAAAUCUACUGUCCAAGACACAGAUCUGGAGCAGGGCCUUACUCUACCCGAGGAGCCGCCUAAGGAAUUAUCCCUCUUCGACUCUGUCGGUGUCCUGCUGUGGGAGCAACGCAAAUACUGGAUUCUAUACGUGGGUGUCCUAAUUGGAGCUGCUGGCUGUGGAGCUGGAUAUUCAAUUCAGAGCUAUCUUUUCUCUCAGCUCAUCACGGUCUUCCAACUUACCGGCUCUAAGUUGGUAGAAAAAACAAAUUUUUGGUCUCUCAUGUUCUUCGUCCUCGCGCUCGCCGUUGCGUUUUUCUAUUUCAUCCUAGGCUGGAUGUCCAUGUCGAUAUCCACCUAUGUGUCAACGACGUACCGGCAAGAGUACUUUGAUAGUAUGAUCCGCAAACCCAUAGCCUUCUUCGACAAAGAUGAAAACUCCGCAGGUUCUCUCACAUCGCGCAUUUCUUCCGAUUCAACUCAGCUCCAGGAACUCCUAGGGCCAACAAUGGCGUUUCCCAUCAUCUCUGUCUUCAAUGUAAUCGGCUGCAUAGCCAUCUCAUUCGCCUUUGGAUGGAAAUUGACCCUGGUUGCUAUUUUCUCAGCUUUCCCGUUGAUAAUCAUUGCCAUGUUUGUCCGGGUUAGAUAUGAGGUUCAGUUCGAUAAGAUGAACGCCGCUGUGUUUGAGGAGAGUUCACAGUUUGCAUCUGAGGCCUUUGGAGCUUUCCGAACGGUUACAUCGCUGACCCUGGAGGGCAGUAUUUCAGAGAGGUAUUCGGGUUUGCUGCAGAAUCAUGUGCGGUCUGCCUUUGUCAAGGCUAGGGUUGCUGCUCUCGUCUUUGCGGCAUCAGAUAGUAUGGAGUUACCUUGCAUGGCCCUGUGUUUCUGGUAUGGCGGCCAGCUUCUCAGUACGCACGAGUAUGACGUCCUGCAGUUUUUUGUCAUCUACAUUGCCGUUGUCUUAGGAGGCCAAGCAGCGGGACACUUUGGAAGCAUCAGCCCGAAUUUGGCCCAAGCCAAAGCCGCUGCGAACCGAAUCAUGAGUAUCCGGCCUGCGCCAGAUGACAACAAGAACAAGGCCAUCCUUAGUCAAUGCGAGGGUGGUGUAGAGAUCGAAUUCAAAUCGGUCGACUUCACGUACCCUUCUCGAGAUGUUCCAGUCUUCAAGAACUUGUCGUUCACAGUUGGAAAGGGGCAGUUUGCUGCCCUCGUUGGUCCUUCAGGUUGCGGGAAAACAUCUGUCAUAUCGAUCCUUGAACGAUUUUAUGACUACCAAGGAGGGCAUAUCCGCCUCAAUGGAACGGAGCUUAGUUCACUUGAUCUUAAGCCCUACCGGCAAACCAUGUCUUUGGUAUCACAGGAACCUACACUAUAUCAAGGAACCAUCCGAGACAAUAUCACACUGGGGAUCAAGCCAGAUGCCGUGACGACUGAACAAGUGCAUCAAGCGUGUCGUGACGCAGAGAUCCAUGACUUUAUCGCAUCUCUUCCAGACGGCUACAACACGCAAGUCGGACAAAAAGGGCUGGCACUGAGCGGAGGCCAGAAGCAACGUAUCUGUAUAGCCCGGGCUCUGAUACGGAACCCACACCUGCUGCUUCUCGACGAAGCCACAUCAAGCCUUGACUCCGAGUCUGAGAAGUCCGUGCAGGCUGCGAUUGAACGUACGGCAAAGGGCAGAACGGUCCUAGUGGUCGCCCACCGUCUAGCUACGGUUCAGAACGCUGAUGUCAUCUUCGUCUUCGGAGACGGGGGCAUAGUCGAGAGCGGCAGCCACCAUAGUCUACUAAAAAAGCGAGGCGUAUAUUAUCAGAUGUGCGAGUCACAAGCUCUUGAUCGGUGA